AUGCCUCGCGACUGGACCAACCGGUCCAGACGAGACCGCCACUCUUAUCGAAACGAACAUGAAGAUUCCGAGACUCAAAGGUCGGGAUAUACCCACCGAGACUCUCGAAACCCGCAGCAUGAAGGUAAUGCACGAUCUAGAACCAAUCGUGACGGUUACUAUCCCGGAGGCGAGGCCUAUGGGCCCUGUUCAGAGGACCAAAACGAUUAUGGCCGAGACGUGUCGAGAGACGGUGAUGGCGAAUUUUCCGAAAGCGACACAGCCAGACGUUCGUCUGAAUGGGGCAUGGUUCCUUACCAAGACCCGACCAUCAGGGCAACCCCGAGUGUCGCUUCGGAUUCGACCCUCGUUAUUGAAGCACCGGCUGUUGAUACCGGGGCCCCAUCCAAUCGUCGGCGUCGUUACCGGCCCCGUUCUAGGGAUUAUUAUUACGCCUACGACGUGGAAAGUGUAUCUCACUCAUCCAACCCGUUCUACGCAGAGCAGAGCUAUGCCUCUUCCCCGGAAAGAUACAUGUACUCUCAUAGAACCAACAGUAGUAGUCGUCGGAGUAGCCAGGGUUACCAGCACGCACGCAGUACCAGACACCGCCAAAGUGAGGAGGACCACUCGUACCCUGCUAGCCACUCCAGUUACGAAUGGGAAGACUAUUCGCAAAUGUCGUAUCGUACCAGCCGCUACAUGGACGAGGAUUACCUGUAUUAUUCCGAUGAAGAGCCGCAAAACGGCUCUAGUGGCACUACACGGGUAGAAAUUUGGCCCGGCUCCGCCUCGGAAUCGGUGGAGUACCGGAGUUCCAGUCAUGAGCUACCAGUUCGUGGUAGUGCCGGAGGUUGUAACGAGCUGUGCCCGAGGUGGGCCUCGGUAACCCUCGGCCAGCUCACGUACAAGCACGGUCCACCGAACCCCUGGAUGAAGCUAUUCCCAGUUGCCCCACAGCGCACCGAGCAUUCUAGCAAUGCGCUCGGGCCACCGCACUCACGAUCAUAA